GAGAGGCAAGGCCAAUGCUAGUAGUUCCGGCAGCGGAUGGAUAUUGCUCCAGGUGCGGGGGUUGGUGUAGCGUAUGUAGUUCCUGAGGAAUUCAGAGCUUUUCUCUUCCGGCUCCCAGCUCUCGCACUGUGUUGUGGUGUCACGGAUGUAACGUUGUGCAGAGGGAUUUUUAUAGGAACAUUUCCACGUUAGAUAUUCGCUAUUUGGGCGAAGAAGCGGAAGGACACGCAGCUCCUCUGUGUAUCGCUCUGCUAGGGAUCAGGAGUGGGAGCCCCGGCUGGAGCAGGAGGAAGAGAGACGCCGCGGCGGGUUUACAAGCAGCAUGGAGGGGUCGGAGCGGAGAAGCCGGGGUCGGGUUACGGGGGAGCAUUGAGCCCCGAGCGCAGUACGGAAUGUAACACAGAGAAAUGGGGGCCCUGCUGAGGAGCCUGCUGAUCUGCAGCCUGAGCUGCUUGUUGAGGGCGUCUCCGUUACUGCUUUAUGCCAAUCGCCGUGACCUGCGACUGGUGGACGCCGCUGGAAUGAAGGGCAACUCCACCGUUGUGGUCAGCGGCUUGGAAGACGCGGCCGCUGUCGACUUCGUAUUCUCCCGGGGCCUGAUCUACUGGAGCGACGUUAGCGAAGAAUCGAUCAAAAGGAUUAAUUUUAAUAAAACUGGGAGCUCGCAGGAUGUCGUCAUUAGCGGUUUGGUUUCGCCAGAUGGACUGGCCUGCGAUUGGCUGGGCGAAAAACUUUACUGGACUGACUCGGAAACCAAUCGGAUUGAGGUUUCUAAUCUGGAUGGGUCGUUGCGGAAGGUAUUAUUUUGGCAGGAGCUGGAUCAGCCUCGAGCAAUUGCACUUGAUCCUCCCAGAGGGUAUAUGUACUGGACAGACUGGGGAGAAGUGCCAAAGAUUGAGCGAGCUGGAAUGGACGGCUCCGUGCGCUCUAUCAUCAUAGAUUCUGACAUUUAUUGGCCGAACGGCCUGACGCUGGAUUAUGAUGAACAGAAAAUAUACUGGGCCGACGCAAAGCUCAGCUUUAUCCAUAAGGCCAACAUGGAUGGAUCACAUCGGCAAACUGUUAUUAAAGGGUCCCUUGCUCAUCCUUUUGCCUUGACGCUGUUUGGGGACACCAUCUACUGGACCGACUGGACCAUACGCUCCAUCCUGGCCUGUAACAAGUACACUGGAGAGGACCGGCGAGAGGUGGACACAGACAUCUUCUCCCCCAUGGACAUCCAUGUUUUUAGCCACCUGAGACAGCCAAACGCUACCAAUCCCUGUGCAGCCCAUAAUGGGGGUUGUUCUCAUUUAUGCCUGAUGUCUCCCAUGGAGCCAUUUUAUCAGUGCGCUUGUCCCACGGGUGUCCGUCUCAUGGAGGAUGGAAAGACGUGCAUGCAUGGUGCUACAGAGUUGCUGCUGCUUGUCCGCAGGACGGACCUUAGGCGAAUAUCGCUGGAUACGCCGGACUUUACGGAUAUUGUUUUGCCACUGGACGAUAUCCGCCAUGCUAUCGCUAUAGACUAUGAUCCCGUUGAAGGUUACAUUUACUGGACGGACGAUGAGGUGAGGGCCAUAAGACGCACGCAGAUCGAUGGCUCUUCCAGUCAAUACAUUGUCACCUCCCAAGUGGCCCAUCCGGAUGGCAUCGCUGUCGAUUGGGUGGCUCGGAAUUUAUACUGGACUGACACGGGAACAGACCGCAUUGAGGUCACUCGGCUGAAUGGAACCAUGCGCAAGAUUCUCAUAUCUGAGGACCUGGAUGAACCGCGUGCCAUAGUGUUAGAUCCUAUAAAUGGGUACAUGUAUUGGACUGACUGGGGAGAGAUCCCUAAAAUAGAGUGUGCUGCAAUGGAUGGUUCAGACAGGAUUAUAUUGGUAAACACCUCCCUUGGUUGGCCUAAUGGGUUGGCCCUGGAUUACACAGAAGGAAAAAUCUACUGGGGAGAUGCCAAGACUGAUAAGAUAGAGGUUAUGGCAACAGAUGGUACAGGCAGGCGAGUUCUGGUAGAAGACAAGCUGCCCCAUAUCUUUGGCUUCACUCUUCUCGGCGACUACGUGUAUUGGACCGACUGGCAGAGACGCAGCAUCGAAAGGGUUCACAAACGCACCGGAGAGCGGGAGGUUAUUAUUGACCAGCUGCCUGAUCUCAUGGGGCUGAAAGCCACCAACAUACAUAAACUAUCCGGUACAAAUGGCUGUGCUGAAAACAAUGGAGGCUGCAGUCACCUUUGCCUUUAUCGACCGCAGGGACCUCGCUGUGCCUGUCCCAUUGGCUUGGAACUGAUCAAUGACAUGAAGACCUGCAUUGUCCCCGAAGCUUUCCUCCUGUUCUCCCGCAGGGCUGACAUUCGCCGCAUCUCCCUGGAGACUAGUAAUACUCAUGUGGCCAUACCCCUGACUGGAGUGAAAGAAGCCUCUGCUCUCGAUUUUGAUGUCACGGACAAUAGAAUCUAUUGGACAGACGUCAGUCUCAAGACCAUCAGUAGAGCGUUCAUGAAUGGCAGUGCUCUAGAACACGUGGUGCAGUUUGGACUGGACUACCCAGAGGGCAUGGCAGUGGACUGGCUGGGGAAAAACUUAUACUGGGCAGAUACUGGUACUAACCGCAUUGAGGUAUCAAAGUUGGAUGGACAGCACAGACAGAUUCUGGUGUGGAAAGACCUGGACAGCCCACGAGCCCUGGCUUUGGACCCAGCAGAAGGGUUUAUGUACUGGACUGAAUGGGGUGGGAAACCGAAGAUAGACCGGACUGCCAUGGACGGAAGUGGGCGCAUCACUCUGGUGCCGGAUGUAGGGCGGGCCAAUGGGCUCACAAUUGACUAUGCGGAGAGGCGGCUCUACUGGACGGAUCUGGAUACCAAUCUCAUCGAAUCUUCAAAUAUGCUGGGAUUGGAUCGUGUGGUGAUUGCGGACGACUUGCCCCAUCCCUUUGGGUUAACCCAGUACCAGGACUAUAUCUACUGGACAGACUGGAGCCGACGAAGCAUUGAAAGAGCCAACAAGACUAGUGGGCAGAACAGAAUUAUGAUCCAAAACGACCUGGACUACGUUAUGGACAUCCUAGUGUUUCACUCCUCCCGGCAGGCCGGUUGGAAUGAGUGUGCCUCCAGCAAUGGCCACUGUUCUCACCUGUGCUUGGCCACACCUAUCAGCGGCUAUACCUGUGGCUGCCCCGUACACCACUCCUUGAAUACGGACAACAAGACCUGCAGCGCUCCCAGUUCCUUCCUGCUCUUCAGUCAGAAAAAUGCCAUAAAUCGCAUGGUGAUCGACGAGCAGCAGAGUCCUGACAUCAUUCUGCCAAUUCACAACCUACGCAAUGUCCGAGCUAUUGACUAUGACCCCUUGGAGAAGCAGCUCUACUGGAUUGACUCACGGCAGAAUAUACGCCGGGCUCAAGAGGAUGGCAGCCAGAGCAUGACCAUAGUAGCGAGCACCAUCCCCAACCAGAACAUGGACAUGCAGCCAUACGAUUUGAGUAUUGACAUCUACAGUCGCUUGAUUUACUGGACCUGCGAGGCCACCAACAUCAUAAACGUCACACGACUGGACGGAAGAGCCAUCGGGGUGGUUCUGAAGGGAGAACAGGAACGUCCCAGAGCUAUUCUCGUGAAUCCCGAGAAAGGGUACAUGUAUUUUACCAACCUCCAGGAGAGAUCACCAAAAAUCGAAAGAGCUGCUCUUGAUGGGAGUGAACGAGAGGUGCUGUUUUUCACCGGCUUGAGCAAACCAGUUGCCCUCGCGCUUGACAACAAGAUGGGGAAACUUUUCUGGGCGGACUCUGACCUGCGAAGGAUUGAAAGCAGUGACCUGUCGGGUGGCCAUCGCAUAGUUCUGGAAGAUUCUAAUGUGCUGCAGCCAGUCGGGCUCACUGUCUUUGGCAAUUACCUGUAUUGGAUUGACCGGCAACAGCAGAUGAUUGAGCGCAUUGAGAAAACCGGACGCGUGGGCCGCACCAAGAUCCAAGCUCGUAUCCCACUGCUGACUGAUAUCCAUGCUGUGACUGAACUGAUCAUGGAUGAAUAUAAGGAACACCCUUGUUCUCAGGAUAAUGGUGGCUGCUCCCACAUCUGCAUUGUGAAAGGAGAUGGAACCACCCGCUGUUCUUGCCCACUGCACCUUGUCCUUCUCCAGGAGGAUGAGCUGUCCUGUGGGGAGCCUCCCACCUGUUCCCCUCUACAUUUCACCUGUUUCACUGGUGAGGUUGAUUGCAUCCCGGCAGAAUGGCGCUGCGACGGAUUCACGGAGUGUGUUGAUCACAGCGACGAGCAGAACUGCCCCAUGUGCUCAGACAUGCAGUACCAAUGCACCAGCGGCCAGUGCAUCGACUCCUCUCUACGCUGUAACGGAGAGGACAACUGUCAGGACAAGUCUGAUGAGAAGAACUGCAAUGAAGUCUGUGCACCUGACCAGUUUCACUGCGGCAAUGGACAAUGCAUCGGGAAGCACCGGCGUUGUGAUCUCAGCCCCGACUGCAGUGACAGCUCAGAUGAGCAAGCUUGCUAUCCCACAGAAGAACCACCUCCUCCGUCGACCAACACCAUUGGCUCCAUCAUUGGAGUGAUCCUCACAGUAUUUGUGGUAGGGGGGGUGUAUUUCAUCUGUCAGCGAGUUUUGUGCCGUCGCAUGAAAGGCGAUGGAGAGACCAUGACCAAUGACUAUGUGGUGCAUGGACCUGCCUCGGUCCCAUUGGCUUACGUCCCGCACCCGAGCUCCCUCACUGGAUCCUUGCCUGGUAUGUCACGUGGCAAAUCCGUUAUCAGCACUCUCAGCAUUAUGGCUGGAAGCAGUGGGCCACCGUAUGACCGGGCUCAUGUCACUGGAGCGUCAUCCAGCAGCUCCUCCAGCACCAAAGGAACUUAUUUUCCACCAAUCUUAAACCCACCUCCCUCCCCAGCCACUGAGCGUUCCCAUUACACAAUGGAAUUCGGUUACUCUUCAAACAGUCCUUCCACCCACAGGUCGUACAGCUAUAGGCCAUACAGCUACCGACAUUUCGCCCCUCCUACAACUCCC